CAUGUGAACCCCACACCCCCUCGGACCCCAGUUUCCCCUACGAUUCAUCCCCACAUUCGUGGUGACUACGAAAGUGAACCCCAAUUUUCUCUUCAUCACGGCCUCUCCUCCUUGCGAUUCACACUCUCACAGCUCUCUCUCUCUCUCUGUGCAAACAUGAGCAAGGGACCUGGACUUUUCUCUGAUAUCAGCAAGAAAGCCAAAGAUCUGCUGACAAAGGACUAUGUCUCCGAUCAGAAAUUCUCCGUCUCCACUUACAGUGACACCGGAGUGGCCAUCACAUCAACUGCGGUAAAGAAAGGAGGACUAUCUACUGGGGAUGUAGCAGCACAAUACAAAUACAAGAACAUUCUAAUUGAUGUCAAAUUUGAUGCGGCAUCAAGUAUCUCAACUACUUUAACUUUCACUGAUUUUGUUCCCUCAACAAAGACCAUUGCUUCAUUCAUACUGCCUGAUUAUAACUCUGGCAAGCUGGAGGUUCAGUACUUCCAUCACCAUGCAAACUUCACUACAGCUGUUACUCUGAGCCAAUCUCCUACCGUUGAUCUUUCUGCAACCAUUGGUAACCCAACUAUCGCUUUUGGUGCUGAGGCUGGUUAUGAGACCAAUUCCAGUAAAUUUACGAAGUAUACUGCUGGCAUUAGUGUGACAAAACCAGACUCUUGUGCUUCAAUAAUUCUGGGUGAUAAAGGAGACUCUAUAAGGGCAUCUUAUGUGCACUAUAUGGAUCAAAUAAAGCAGAGUGCUGUUGUGGGAGAGAUCACUAGAAAGUUUUCGACAAAUGAGAACACAUUUACAGUCGGUGGAUCAUAUGCAGUUGAUAACCUGACAGUGGUCAAAGCAAAGCUCAACAAUCACGGGAGGCUUGGGGCUGUCUUGCAGCACCAACUUGUACCAAAAUCACUUCUGACCAUCUCUAGUGAGUUUGACACCAAGGCCUUGGACAAAACACCCAGGUUUGGUUUGGCCCUUGCUCUCAAGCCUUGAUGAUGAUAUCAUGCUUUUGAAGUUUUUGUUUUGGUCACAUUUGAAAAAAGGAGCUCUCAAUAAGUAGUUCCACAGAGAUAUUUGUUUUAGGAUAUUAAUUAAUGACUCUGGAUAGAUACUUAGGCCCUUCCACUGUCAUUCUCUCUCUCUCUCUCUCUCUCUCUCUGUAUUUUCUUCUAUUUUUCUCUUCCAAGCAUCUUGACAUACUUGCAUAUUUAUUCUCUUGAUUUGGAGGAGCUUUUUGUUGGGAUUGGCAAAAAAUUUCUUAUCGGCUUUCUUAUGAAAGUAUGUUUUGGGAUUUUGGAUGUCAUUGGAAUAUACCACUGAUGGAAAACAGUUUUUGCUCA